AUGGCGAAGGCCACCGUCAAGGGGAAGUACGACGUGGAGAAGAACGCGGGGUCCGCCGUCGCCACCGUCGCCUUCUACGCCGGCGAUGUCAGGCUCAAAGCCUCCGUGACCGACGCGACGGUCGUCAAAGGCCCUUCCCUCAACGGCCUCGUCCUCUCCGUCGAGAAGCCGGGGACCUUCAUCCUCGACUGUGAUGUUCCUCGCAAGGUGCUCUCCCUUCUCCAUUCCAACAGCAGCAUCCCCCUGCAACCUAGGUUGAUAAACUAGGGUUGGGGAUGCGAUCCGCGCUCUCUUUCUUAUGUUCAGUUAUUUUCUUGUGUGGUUGCGGAUUUCAGGACUUCAGAUUCCAGUUUAUGAACACAGUCAAGGUUCUGGAGAAACCGUUGAGCCUGACGUACAUCCACUUCCACGCACCGAACAGGACGACCAUGGAUGGGACAUUGACAUUUGACCCGGCGAACAAGGUUUCGUGUAACUAUGCAUUCGGGACUGGGAAUUUCCGGGUGAAGUACGCUUACGCGCACGGGAGCCUGAGACGGACGGUGUUUGAACCGACCUAUGAUUUCUCCAAGGGCGCAUGGGAUUUUGCAGUCUCAAGGAAGUUUGAGGGAGAUGACACCGUUAGAGCCUCGUAUGAGACGUCCAGGAAGAACCUUAAGCUGGAAUGGUCCAGGGAUACCAAAGUCAAUGGGAUUUUCAAGGUCAGUUCACGUAUCCUGUUGCUCCCAAUCUUAUCAUUCAUCUUUCAACGCUUGAUGCCGAUUGAUUUAAACCUAUCAGCUGGUUAUUCAACAUGGUACCAGAGACACCUUCCUCUGAGUAUUAGCGUCAAUCCAUCAGGGCCCAAAUAGUAAGAGGUGUCAACGAUGUCUUCUUUUACUCAUAUUGGGAGAAGUAAGAGGUCAGUAGGUAAAUCUAGACCUCACCACUUUGCUUCAAAAUGAUUUGAGUGGGCCCUUUGACUUAUGCCCAUUACUAUUUUGAUCGAUGGAGUGAAGAUAUAGCAUAUGGGUAAUGUGACGUUGAAAGUAAGGUUAAAUGAUACAUUUUUGUAAUGUAUUAGGUGAUGAUGAAGUGAUAGGAUAUAAGGAUCGACAUAUCUUGGUUGUAGGGCCAUAUGGUUUAGCCUGCAAAUAUCGUGUACAGGAUAUCAGCAACUUGUUGGAUGCUACGGUAGUCUUUGGAUUCUCCAUCAAGAGCCUAAAGUCAUGAAUCUGACGACUUCUUUUUCAUGGCUCUUCUCCCAUUCUCCACGUCGGUGUGUGUGUGAUUUAUGUCAUCCUUUAUUUAUUCUUUUAAUGUUGAGAAGGAGGUCUGACAACAGGUGGCCAAGAUAACACCAGAUUGACAUAAUCAGACUUGAGGGCCAUAAUUGUGUGUCUGUGUCUUAUAAUCCGUUGACUUCUUCCCUCCAGUUUUCUGAACAUUGGGCAUUGUUGUCUUUGAUUCUUUCUAGCAUUGGGACCAGUUGACCUCCAUUCUGGAGCUUCUACUCCGAAGGGCUGUUGCCCACAACUCCCUAUAGAGUUUUGUUGGCUCUUAGUAGAGUAUCUGUUUGUCUGUGUGUUCCGAUUUGCAUCUUCUUAUUUGCUGGAUUUCCUCAGAGCUGACUUUAGUCAGCGCUCUAAUUUUUUUAUGCAUGAAACAUUGAUGUUUGACCAAAUCCUGGCCACAACUAUGGUAAAAUGUGAUUCGUGCAUGCUUUCACUACCCAGAACUCUACAGGUUUAUUUCUCCCUGUAGGUUCAGUCUAGAUGUGUCUGCGUUUUUGUUCUCCCGUGCCUAGGAGGAACCUUUUGACCUCAAGAGUCUAAUCCCACCCAUAUUCUUCUAACGUUAGGUCUCAAGAUUUAUCCCGGAAAUAAACGUAUCUACUUUGUUUACUAUUAAUAUUAAUUAUGGGCUUCUAGAAGGCCCGACUUAGAACAAUGGAGCCUAUUUUUCUUCCUAUAUAGUUGUCCUAAUAUGCUCUCUCUCUCUCUCUCUCUCUCUCUCUCUCUCUCUCUCUCUCUAUGCUGUUUUUGUUCAUUGACUAAUAGCAUGUUUCUAAUGGUAAGAGCAUCAUCUUGGGAUUAUUUCCAGAUAGGAGCGUCCGUUGACAUGGCAGAGGAACAGAAGACUCCGAAGCUGGUAGCUGAGAGCACAUGGAACUUCGAUCUUCUUUGA